AUGUCGAUUGGUUAUGGUGAUAUUGUUCCAAAUACCUAUUGCGGUCGAACCUUAUCUAUAACCACGGGAAUUGUGGGAGCCGGUGUUUCAUCUGCGUUGAUCGCCGUUAUUUCUAGGAAGCUGGAAUUAAGUAAGCCAGAGAAACAUGUCAACAAUUUUAUGUCCGAUUCAAAGCUAUCCAGUCGCUGUAGGAAUGCAGCUGCUUCAGUUUUGCAGAAUAUUUGGUGUGUAGUUUUAACUUCUAGUCGAAAAAUAUUUCAAAAAUUUUUGACUAAUGCAAAUCUGCUGAUACACAAGUACAAAAAAUCACCGUUCAAGGGUGACGAACUGAAAUUGCGACAGCACCAACGAAAGUUUCUUCAGUCAAUCAAUGAUUUUCGAAGAAUUAAAUGGGAGCAACGGCGGUUGCAAGAAAAAGGCAAUUCGCUCAUUGACGUUGGAAAGGUUGAUCACUACUGA